AUGGCUCUCAGUCCUCAAAUAACCAACUUGGUCAUCAUCCUUGGGAUGAUGCAAGUUUCCAAGCGUGUUCCUCUUGAGGAUCCCAACGUUUUGAUGCUUGUUCGUGGGAUUUAUAUUCUAUCAAACCUCAUCAUCGUGGGCGUUUACGCCUAUACCCAAUACUUGAUCAAUAAGAAGAAAGAUAUGACUACCCUCAAGUACGUUGAGCAACCUCAAAUGGGUUCCGCCGAAGAGCCAAAGCUUGUCACCACCACCGUUCACAAAUACGAUAGCGAUCAGAUGAAGGCUCUUUACAAGGCACAAUUAAUGGGUGUUGGAAUGAUGGCCGUUAUGCACUUGUAUUUCCAAUACACCAACCCUCUCAUGAUUCAAUCUAUUAUCCCACUUAAGGGCGCUUUCGAAGGCAACGAGGUCAAGAUUCAUCUUUUUGGUCAACCAGCCGCUGGAGAUAUGAAGAGACCAUUCAAGGCACCAGCAGGUUUGAUGAGUAGUCUUCAAGGCGGAGCUUCUCCAACUCAAGACAAGAAGACCAUUGAGGCGGCUGAGAAGGCAGGUCGUGGAGGUGUUAAGGACGAAUAG